CUCCGCGGCUCCCACGUCCCCGCCUCCCGUCCUGCAGCCCGCCCCGUCUCCUCCUGCCUCCGCAGCCCCGGCGGCAGCAGUCCCGCCGAGUCCCCGGGUGCGGGCUGCGAGCGGGACCCCGGAGCUUUGCUGCCCACGACGCCUUCGCCAGGCGCGGGCUGCGGGGCGGGCGAAAGCAGACCGGGCCCGUGCGUCCGCCCCGCGCCGGUGUCGCCCGCGGCCUCGGGCUGAUGGGACCGCCCCGUCCUUAGAAGCGGGUGACAGAAGGGUCGUGGGUCUGGGGGCUCUUGCGGUCGCGGCCGGGGGGCGCCGGGGCGCGGGUCGGGACGCGGCCUCCCCGGCUGUCGCCUCCCAGACGUCGGUGCUCCGCGGGCCUCCGGACGGGCGCGGGCACAGGUGCCCCGGCCGGGGUCUGUCGGGAAGAUGGCGACCCCGGGCAUGAGCUGGCAGCAACACUACCACAGCGGCUCGGCUGCCAAAUUCGCGCCCUCGCCUGCCGCCACGCAGCUGGCCGGGCACGGCGUGGACUACAGCCAGGACAUGCACCUGAAAAUGAGCAAGAAAAUCGCACAGCUCACCAAGGUGAUAUAUGCUUUAAACACUAAAAAUGAUGAGCAUGAAUCUGCAAUUCAAGCCCUCAAAGAUGCUCAUGAAGAAGAAAUCCAACAAAUUCUUGCAGAAACAAGAGAAAAAAUAUUGCAGUAUAAAAGUAAAGUAACAGAAGAAUUAGACCUAAAGAGGAAGAUUCAAGUUUUGGAGGCAUCCUUAGAAGAUCACAUCAAAAUGAAGCAGCAGGCUUUGACAGAAUUUGAAGCCUACAAGCAUAGAGUUGAAGACAUGCAACUGUGUGCCGAAGCCCAGCACGUGCAGCGCGUGGUGACCAUGUCCCGAGAGGUUGAAGAGAUUAGAAGGAAGUUUGAAGAACGAUUACGGAGCUUUGGACAACUUCAGGUGCAGUUUGAAAAAGACAAACGCUUGGCCCUGGAAGGCUUGCGAACAGCUCACAGACGGGAGAUCCAGGAGCUGCUGAAGUCACAGCAGGAUCACAGUGCCUUGGUGAACAAAGGGCAGGAGGAGGCUGAGGAGCGGCACAGAGUGGAGGUGGAGGCCUUAAACAAAACCCUGGAAGAGCUAAGGCUUGAAAAGAAAAAGCUAAUCGAGGAUUAUGAAGGCAAGUUGCAUAAAGCUCAGUCCUUUUAUGAACGGGAGCUUGAUACCCUGAAACGGUCACAGCUCUUUACAGCAGAGAGCCUGCAGGCUAGCAAAGAGAAAGAGGCUGAUCUUAGAAAAGAAUUUCAGGGACAAGAAGCAGUUUUACGAAAAACCAUAGGAAAAUUAAAGACAGAGUUACAAAUGGUGCAGGAUGAAGCUGGGAGUCUCCUGAACAAAUGCCAGAAGCUUCAGGUGGCUCUUGCUGCAGCCGAGAACAAUGUCCAGGUUCUUCAAAAACAGCUUGAUGAUGCCAAGGAGGGAGAAAUGGCCUUAUUAAGCAAGCACAAGGAAGUGGAAAGUGAGCUAGCAGCUGCCAGAGAACGUUUGCAACAGCAAGCUUCAGAUCUCGUCCUCAAAGCUAGUCACAUUGGAAUGCUUCAAGCAACUCAAAUGACCCAGGAGGUAACAAUUAAAGAUUUAGAAUCAGAAAAAUCAAGAGCCAAUGAGAGAUUAUCUCAACUAGAAGAGGAAAGAGCUUUUUUGCAGAGCAAAACUCAAAGUCUGGAUGAAGAGCAAAAGCAGCAGAUUCUGGAACUGGAGAAGAAAGUAAAUGAAGCAAAAAGAACUCAGCAAGAGUAUUAUGAAAUGGAACUUAAAAACCUGCAAAAUAGGUUGGAAGGCGAGGUGACUCAAUUAAAUGAGGCCCAUUCUAAGACUUUGGAAGAAUUAGCUUGGAAGCACCAUAUGGCAAUUGAGGCUGUCCACAGUAAUGCAAUUAGGGAUAAGAAAAAACUGCAAAUGGAAUUGGAAGAACAAUAUAAAAAGGAGAAACUACAUCUAGAAGAGGAUAGAAAUCAGCUUCAACUUGAGCUAGAAAACCUGAAGGAAGUUCUGGAAGACAAGCUGAGUACAGCCAACCAAGAGAUUGGCCGCCUCCAAGAUCUGGUAAGCAAAAGUGAGCAAGGCCUUGGCUCUGCUGAAGGACUCAUAGUCAGCCUGCAGGACUCCCAGGAAAGGCUUCAGAACGAGCUUGAUUUGACCAAAGGCAGGCUAAAGGAGACCAAGGAUGCUCUGUUAAAUGUCGAGGCUGAGCUAGAACAAGAAAGGCAACAGCAUGAAGAGACACUUGCUGCCAUGAAAGAGGAAGAGAAACUCAGAGUGGACAGAAUGGCCCAUGACUUAGAAAUAAAGUGGACUGAAAAUCUGAGACAAGAGUGUUCUAAACUUCGUGAAGAAUUAAGACUUCAACAUGAAGAGGAUAAGAAGUCAGCAAUGUCUCAACUUUUGCAGUUAAAAGAGCGAGAGAAAAAUGCAGCCAGGGAUUCAUGGCAGAAGAAAGUAGAAGAUCUCUUAAACCAGCGGCACUCUCUGGGUGAAGCUUUGCAUAAAUCUAUCAACAAUUUAACGGAUGAAACCAAAUGGAGUAGCCCUUCCCUAAGAAUUGACAAAGCUGUUGUCUUUUAUAUUUCCUUGCUGAAGCAGAAUCUGGAGAUACAGCUUUCCCAGUCCCAGACUUCUUUGCAGCAACUGCAGGCUCAGUUUACACAGGAACGACAACGGCUUACACAAGAGCUUGAAGAAUUAGAGGAACAACAUCAGCAAAGACAUAAAUCCUUGAAAGAAGCACAUGUCCUUGCAUUUCAAACAAUGGAAGAAGAAAAGGAAAAGGAACAAAGAGCUCUUGAAAAUCAUUUACAACAAAAGCACUCUGCAGAGCUUCAGUCACUGAAAGAUGCGCACAGAGAGUCAAUGGAGGGCUUCCGGAUAGAAAUGGAACAGGAACUCCAGACUCUUCGGUUUGAAUUAGAGGAUGAAGGAAAGGCUAUGCUUGCUUCCUUACGCUCAGAACUAAACCAUCAACAUGCAGCUGCAAUUGAUUUGUUACGGCAUAAUCAUCAUCAGGAGUUGGCAGCAGCUAAAAUGGAAUUAGAGAGAAGCAUGGACAUCAGCAGAAGACAGAGUAAGGAACACAUAUGUAGAAUAACAGAUCUACAAGAAGAAUUAAGGCACAGAGAGCGUCACAUCUCUGACUUGGAUAAGGAAGUGCAACACCUUCAUGAGAACAUAAGUGCCCUAACCAAAGAACUGGAAUUUAAGGGGAAAGAAAUUCUCAGAAUACGAAGUGAAUCUAACCAGCAGAUGAGGUUGCAUGAACAAGAUUUAAACAAGAGACUUGAAAAAGAGCUGGAUGUCAUGACAGCAGACCACCUCAGAGAGAAAAAUAUCAUGCGGGCAGAUUUUAAUAAGACUAACGAGCUACUCAAGGAAAUAAAUGCAGCUUUACAAGUGUCACUAGAAGAAAUGGAAGAAAAAUAUCUAAUGAGAGAAUCAAAACCAGAAGAUAUACAGAUGAUUACAGAAUUAAAAGCCAUGCUUACAGAAAGAGACCAUGUCAUAAAGAAACUAAUUGAGGAUAAUAAAUUUUAUCAGCUGGAAUUAGUCAAUCGAGAAACUAACUUCAACAAAGUGUUUAACUCAAGCCCUACUGUUGGUGUUAUUAAUCCUUUGACUAAGGCAAGAACUGCCUCCCUUUGACAGAUGGCUAAAGUUCAUGGACUUCUCUUAAAAUUAUAUUUAACUUUAUCCCUUCUCCUAAUUUAGCCUAAAUCCAUUUAACCUCAUGGUAUUUGCAAGAACUCCUCUCUCCCCCUCAGUUUUCCCUUCUCCUUCCAGUAUUCUCUUUACUCUCUGGCACUCCACCUCCCCUCUCCCAACCUGUGAUUUCACAGUUACUGAUUCACAGUUACAAAUGACCCACCCCUAACGUUGCUCCUCAUUCCUUCUGUGUUGGUAGCAUGACUGUCUCUGAGGAUUCCAUGUAGAUACAGAACACCUCCAAGGAUCCCCAGAAUACACUUUGGGUAACACUAGUUAAUUUUUUUUUUUUUUUCAAUAUUGAUUGAUUUAAAAGGCAGAGUUACAGGGAGACAGAGUCAGAGAGAAAGAGAAAAAGGUCUUUCAUCUGCUGGUUCACUCCCAAAAUGGCCACAAUGGCCGGAGCUGGGCCCAUCCAAAACCAGGAGCCACAAAUUUCUUCCAGGCCCCCCACACAUGUGCAGGGGCCCAAGGACUUAAGCCAUCUUCUGCUGCUUUCUCACGCCAUAGCAGAGAGCUAGAUCAGAAAUAGAGCAGCCAGUACUUGAACCAGCACCCAUAUGGGAUGCCAGCACUACAGGCAGCGACUUUAGCCACUGGACUACAGUGCUGGCCUUGCCACUAGUUAAUUUUAACAGCCUAACUUAACAUAAAACUCCCCAAAUUUUCCCAUGCCAAAUUUGUAUCUUGUGCUAUUCCUUUUGUUGCAAUUGUCCUCAUGCAGGGACUAUCCUCACAUGUAUUA